AGCCGCUCCCGGCGCCCCGCAGCCUUCCCCGACGGCGGGCAUGGGGAACCAGGUGGAGAAGCUGACCCACCUGAACUACAAGGAAGUUCCCACAGCCGACCCGACGGGCAUGGACAAGGAUGAGGGGCCCAGGAUUGGUGUGUCCUACAUCUUCUCAAACGACGAUGAUGAGCUGGAGCAGCAGCAGGAUUCGGUGCAUGAUCUGGGAGGCGAGCACCCUACCUUGCAGCCCUACGAUCCCCGGCUGCAUGAGGUGGAGUGCUCAGUGUAUUACCGGGAUGAGUGUAUCUACCAGAAGAGCUUUUCCGAGGAGGAUAUGCUGCCCGAGGAGGGGGAUGAAGGCGGGGGCGGGCACCUGAGCACCUAUACACCGGAGAACCUGCUGAAUAGGUGCAAGCCAGGUGACUUGGUGGAGUUUGUGUGCCAGGCCCAGUACCCGCACUGGGUAGUCUAUGUYGGGGACUUUCAAGUCGUGCACCUGCACAGGCUGGAGGUGGUGAACAGCUUUCUGACGGACGCCAGCCAGGGCAGACGGGGUCGCAUCGCCAACCGGCUGUACCGCUACAAGCCCCUGAGCCCGGCCGCCGUGGUGCGCAACGCCCUGGAGCAGGUGGGCUGCAAGGACCGGGACCUGAGCUGGAGAAACUCGGAGUGUUUUGCUGCCUGGUGCCGGUACGGCAAGCGGGAGUUUAAAAUCGGCGGGGAGCUGCGCAUAGGCAAGCAGCCCUACCGACUGCAGAUCCGGCUGGGUGACAAGCGCAGCCACACGCUGGAGUUUCAGAGCCUUGAGGACCUCAUUAUGGAGAAGAGGAGAAAUGACCAGAUUGGUAGGGCUGCUGUGAUCCAGGAGCUCUCCAGCCACCUGCAGGCUGCAGAGGAGGAGGAAGAUGAGGAGGARGAUCAUCAUCCAGGUGCUCGGACUGCUGUGGAGUAGCAACCUCAUCACCAUYGUGCUGCUCGGGCUGGGUGAUGGGGAUUAAAACUGAAGGCUGCGAAAUUGAGCUGUUAUAAGCCCUUUGGGCUGCUUCAGUGCAGCUUCAUUCCAAUCACAUGUGAAAGGAAGGGGGAAAGCUGAUUAAGUGUCUGUGCUUUAGUGCUUAACUCCUUCAGUGCUUGAUGAUAAACUGACUUAUUUGUAGAGGAUAAAACUCAGGGUGAUCUACUCCCUCUCUGCUCCCACCUCUUUCCCUUCCUCUCUGCCCUCUAUGUGCAUAGUAUUUCUAUUGACCAUCUGCCAGUAGGCCUGAAUCUAUAUGAUGCUAAUGUCUUAAUUUCUCUCUAUCAGCAGAAGUUAGAGUUAUUUAAUGCUCCUAAUAAGAAGCCAACAACUUUCUGAACACCUAGCUCUGAGUGCAUGAUUAAUUGRGGUAGCAAAGAAGCGUGAGGACUUUGGUUUUUCUUUCUGUGCUCCAGUUUCCCUUCAACUGUGGCUCCUGUUGGUGCUACAGCAGAUUGCCUGCUGACCUCUUCUGUGGCUUCUCAGCCUGCCCUUUUCCACCCUUCCUGGAAAGGAGAAAAAAAAUCACCACUGAUUUAAGUGAAAUGGUUUUGAUGCUCCCCGUUCCACCUUAAAGGAACUUGUGGGUGGGCAGGAGGAGUGCUGCCUCCUCCUCAAUCUCCUUGCUUCGGGAGCAGAGGAUAUACUCAUUGCUGAGUGGUCCCAGGAGAGGCAUGAGCUUGCAAUCCUGUCUGUGAAAUCUAUGUGGUGGGACUCAUGCUGGGGAGAGGUUGAGCUACAUGGACCUUCAGCAUGGACUGCCUGGCUUCCCCCAAAGAAAGUGCAGAACUUGCAUUAAUGGUUUUGUACAUUGAUGCAGUAGAAGCAGGUUGCUCACAACU